AUCUAGCGUUAGAAAACGCGGCAGCCAAACAACACUAUUUGGAAAUAAAACAUGUCAAGUUCCUUUCCGAAAUCCGCCACAAAAACAAAACUGUCCAAGCUUUCUGGUAGACAUUGACUCACCGAAACGGAGUGGCCAUAUAUGAUUGUAAUCCGAAUUCUAUUAGCAUUUCGACAUUGUAUUAAAUCGAGAGAAGGUCACCAAGAUGGACAGCAGCAGGAAUAAGGUGGCUUUUAAGAUAAAGCUUCAAAGAGGUUUCUCCACACCCCUCUGUGCCAACCAAAGAAAUGUGACACUCACGCCCAAGAAAGUGUUCUCUAAGGCAGAGUUGCCCCACAGAGACUCACUGGGACCAGUUGGCUUUGGCGACCAGAGUCCGGGCACCCCAAAGAGGAAAGCUGAGGUGUUCCCAGAUGCUGUUGCAUCGCAGAGCCAAGCCGAGCUGAGGAAGCGCACCAAGAAGUCUUUUGCAACAUUCACAUCCCAGGACACCGAUCUGUUGGAGGCCACACAGGGUGACAUAUCCCCCUUUCCCUUUCACUCAUUCAUUAAGAAGGACAGGACACCAGAGGGAGGCUUGAAGGCAAUCUACAAUAUGGCAUUAUCUGCAGCCUUUAGCAGCAGAGGAUUGACGAGCACGCCGACAAAAUGCAGCACUGGCGCCAACUGCCUGUCUUUGAGCCCUGCAAGCCCUUACAUCAAAUCUGAAGAACACAGUCAGACUUCGCUCACACCCAACAGCUGCUGGUCACCACAGUUGGGAAAAAAGUGUGAUGUCAGUGAGGAGCAGAUCUCAACUUGUUGUGCUGUUGCGGUUUCAGUUGGCCAAAAUGAUUCUGCGGGGUCUCACGUGGGUGAAGGGGGUGUUGUGCUGGAUGAAAUUGUUGUAGGUCAUCAUUAUUCCCAAGAAAAAGCUUCUAUUUCAGAAGCUGAAGCUCAAACUCGGGACAUUGAAUCCUCAUCACUUCCUCUUGACUAUAUUCCACAUUCCUUGUCUUGCUGUGGAACUUCUCAGGAUGAGUCCUCUGACGGCUGGAAAUGUCUGAGCCUGCCAUUGAAUAAUCGCUUCGGUGCCACAUCUCCCUCCUCAUCCCCAACUGAAUGCAGUGCAGACUUGAAGGCAUUGCGUUCUUUCCCCAUGUCACAGAGAUCAUUUGUUUUCUCAAACAAGCAGCAAGAAGCCAGAAGUCCUUCAGCAGCGGCCAGCCUGGAUCUCAAGACCAUAAACCGCAAUGCCUUGGACUUUUCAAGCAUUGUGGAUUCGGCAGACCCCUUCUCUCUGCCGCUAUAUUCGAAGAGUAGCCAGAGCACCCCCCCAGCCACAUGCAGACAGUCGUAUGCUGGCUCUUCCGUCCAUUCCCCGCGCUACUCAUUUCAACAUGACAGGCCACCUAAUACGAGACUGUCCUUGGGGGAGCCUCAACACCCUUGGUCAAGUUAUCCCCACAGCGCCUGUGGCUUUAUAGACACACACUGCCAUCUUGACAUGCUGUACGGAAAACUGCGCUUCCGUGGCUCCUUUGGCCGCUUCCGAAGUCUCUACCGCAGCAGCUUUCCGUCUGAGUUUCAAGGCUGUAUUGCGGAUUUCUGCAACCCACGGCUCAUGUCCAAGGAAGCCCUGUGGGAGCGUCUCCUAGAUGAAGAUAUGGUCUGGGGGGCUUUUGGGUGCCACCCACACUUUGCUCACGAGUACUCCAGUGUCAAUGAGCGGAGCAUACUGAAAGCCAUGGGGCAUCCAAAAGCCGUGGCCUUUGGCGAGAUGGGUUUGGACUACUCCCACAAAAACUCCACGUGUACCCGCAAGCAAAAAGAGGUGUUUGAGCGGCAGCUGCAGUGGGCUGUGGCCAUGAACAAGCCUCUGGUCAUCCACUGCAGGGAUGCAGAUGAUGACCUGAUGACAAUUUUGAAGAAGUGCGUCCCCAGAGAUUACAAAAUUCACAGGCACUGCUUAACAAAAAGCUACCCGGUGAUCAGGCCUUUCCUGGAAGAGUUCCCCAACCUGUAUGUGGGCUUCACAGCCUUGAUCACCUAUAACAGUGCAACGGAGGCCCGAGACGCUGUCCGCAAAAUUCCUCUGGACCGCAUUGUGUUGGAGACAGACGCACCGUAUUUCCUGCCAAGAAUGGUGAACAAAGAUCUGUGCAGGUUUUCUCAUCCAGGACUGGGCAUCCACACUCUGCAGGAGCUGAGUUUGCUUAAGGGGGUGGACAUGGCCACCGUGCUCACCACCAUCCGAAACAACACCACUCAACUUUACGGCAUCUGAGUGCUAGAGAGAAUAGUGGUGAAUGUUAGAAAAAUUAUCUUGCUUGGAGCUGAUUUGUUUGUGGCUCCUUACUUUACGUUAUAAGUACAGUAGUUUUAUAUGUUUGGAUUUGAGUGUCAGUUGUGCUGUUGCAUUAUAACCAAUUAUCAUCUUACAUUGUGCUGGUUUUACUUGGUUUAACAUGUUUUAUCUGGUUUGGUUUGGUUUGGUUUGACAGCAUGCCAAAUACAUUUAAUACAGUACUUCUCCAUUUUUGUUUUUGAUGUAGCAUUGCUGACAUGAAAGCAGCAUUACAUUAAAAUCAAGCAUACAAGCAAAACACGUUUAAGACACGUUAGUUAUUUCAGGAAUGAACCUCCGAGGGACAAGCACAUUUCCACUUAUAAGUUCAGCUUGAGUGCUUUAGAUUUUGAACAGGCAAGGUCUUGAAGUGACAUUGAUGGGUCUAACUCACUGAAAACAGGAGUGCUCUGUUAUCAAUUUGUAAAUACUUCUGAUACAAUUCCAACAUGUAGGUUGGAGCACAUUUUCGGGAUGCCACAAAUGUGCCCAGUACAUUUGGUAGGUUUUGCAAUUUUUCUCUGCAAGUUAAACCUUUUUGCAUGUUUCUUUCAAAGUGUGGCGUAAUCUUUUUUUUUUUCUGUGUGUUACUGGUAUUGAAAGGAAUGUGCCACAGAGAUUCAAAACAAAUUAGAUUAAAUGAAUGUUACAAGUGUUAGUAUUCUAAUGCAGUUAUAUCCAAACAGUGUGCCGGGGUACAUUAGUGUGCCGUGGGAAGUUAUCCAAUUUUAUGUAAUUGCUAAAAAAAAACAUUCAUUCCAAGAAAAAAUGUAUAUUCAUCUAUUUAUGCCAGUGAGGCACAAUGACAGAACAAAAAAAAAUCCUCUUUAGAUGGCAGGAAGUAAAUACAGUAAAUAAUUGAUCCAUUUUUGGUGACAUUUACUUUUGUUGGCGUGCCGUGGGAUUUUUCAAUCGUAAAAUAUGUGCCUUGGCUCUAUAAAGGUUGGAAAUCAAUGUUCUAAUGCAAGGUGGGUAAACAAGGAUGCCCCGCAUGCAACUCAUUACUGCUGUUGAGCUCUUUUUUCCCAUUAAAUCGAUCAAUUAAAAUGUUUUUUUUUAAAUAUCGUUUCAAACAGUAAAUGACAAAUUGAUGUAAAUUAUGAAAGGUUUUUGUUUGUUUGAUUGUUAUAUAUUAUAAAACUCCAUCCAUCCAUCCAUUACUGCUUAUCUGAGGUCGGGUCGCAGAUUUCCCUCUCCCAAAUUGUCAUCAUCCAGCUCCGCCAGGUGGAUGCCGAGGCGUUCCCCGGCCAUCCGAGAGACGUAAUCCAACGUGUCCUGGGUCAUCCCCGGGGUCUCCUCCCGGUGGGACGUACCUGGAACACCUCACCAGAGAGGCAUCGGAAUCAGAUGCCCCAGCCACCUUAUCUGGCUUCUCAAUCCGGAGGAGCAUCAGCUCUACUCUGGACACACAAACCCCUCCACAAUGCUAAGGUGACAGCUUCUAAGAGGGAUAAAAAUAUUAUGACUGGCAACCAGUUAAAGGUGUAUGCCACCUUUUGAGGAUAAGCGGCUUGGAAAAUGGAUGGA